GGAACAGGCUGGCCGAUGAAGCAGGGUGGGGGGCAAAAAGGCACAGGACCCACUCUGCGAUGGGAGCAGCUUCCCAGAGGGGCACAGGGUCCCAACCUGUAAAGGUGACAUUGCUCAGUUGGACAAGGGGCUCUCCCUCCGAGGACCUCAGUUUUCUCAUCUGUCCGGUGGAGAUAAGACUGUGUGUUUGGGCGGAGAAGAGAGUUUUGGGGGGAGAGGAGAGAGUGAGGACAAAGGGCUGACGUGCUGUUGCUCCCCGACUGCUCCAGAGACACGUGCAGUCUGGGCGGUGGGCACUGCAGCCCUUACGUGCCCUUUGUCCCUGACAGGGGACGAGUAUGACGGCCUGCAGCGGGUGGAGAUGAGCUGUGGCCACGCCGUGGACCAGGGGAGCCUGACGGCCUGGUGCCGAAGCCUGAUGGACCAGGGCUACUUCAAGCUGUGCUGCCCGGCUGACGUCAAUGGGGAGAAGUGCGGGGCCCAGUGGUCCUACCCCGAGGUGCGCCGCUGUGCCGUGCUGAGCAACGAAGAGCAGCACCAAUUUGAGCAGAAACUGGCCCUGUUGGCCGCAAGACUCUACUGUGACUUUAAAGAGUGCCCGAGGUGCAAAAGCCUGGUCGAGAGGAAGGAGUUGAGCACUGUCCGUGUGCUCUGCACCAUCUGUACCUCCACGCUGGGGGCUGGCUAUGAGUUCUGCUGGCAGUGCCUGCAGUCCUGGAAGGGGACAGGAACCCCCCCGGACCACUGUGCCAACGUGGGUUGCCAGGACCCGAACCUGGAAGUCCUGGCCUCCUGUGCCACCAAGGACCUCCCAGGCAGUGAGAUCCUGGCUUGCCCUUCGAUCCGGGCCUGCCCCACGUGCGGGCUGCUCAUUGAGCACAAGGAGAAGUGCAAGUAUGUCAUGUGCUCGCGGUGCCACGUGGAGUUCUGCUUCGCCUGCCUGGAGCUCGCUCAGGCCUGCCAGGCCACCAGAGCGGGCGCCUGGUUCAAGUGUUGUGCCAAGCCCCUGGCCCCGCGGCAAACCCACAUCCCUGUGUGGAGCCGAACAGGUGGUGGGUACGGAGGUGAUGAGGUCAACACUGGUCAUAGGGUUCAAAGCCACAUUCCACCACUGAGAGAAGUAAGAAUGAGAGAGGCUGAGCAGACAUGUAUGAUUAUUUGAGUGGCGAUAGAUGAUACAUAGAUGCAUAGACACACAGACAGACAGACAGAUGACAGAGAUAUAGAUGAAAGACUGAUAGAUGAUAAAAUAGAUGAUAGAGAUAUAAAUAGAUGGAUGGACAGACAGACAGAUACAUAGAUUCAUAGAUAGAUACAUAGAUACAUAGAUUCAUAGAUAGAUAUGUAAAUACAUAGGUGACAGAGGAUAGAGAUAUAAAUGGAUGGAUGGAUGGAUAGAUGAUGGAUAGAUACAUAGAUAAAGAGGCAGAUAGGUGAUAGGUGACAGAUGAUAGAGAUAUAAAUAGUUGGAUGGCCGGAUGAUGGAUAAAUGACAAGGAGAGAUAGAUAGAUGAUAGGUAAAUAGAUAAAUAGGUACAGAUAGAUGAUAGAGAUAGAGCUAGAUAGCUCGAUGACAGGUCAAUAGAUAGAAAUUAUAUGCAGAUGCAUAGAAACGUACUAGGACUGACCCCAGACCCAGGUGCAGGUAAAUAAACCUAGUCACAUGAUCUCGUGUUGGUGCUGAGACCCGUGUGAGCUCACCUAGGUACCAUCACCUACA